CCCAUCCCAUGGCAAUAGCCAAAAGCACAAACAGAUUUCUUAAUUCUUACAUUUAAGAAGAAUGUAUGACGGACCUGAAAAAUUCAGCAAUGUAACGAGAAAUUAGCUUCUGAAUAAUGUGACAAGUUUUAUGGAUUCUCCAGCCUGCUGACUUUAUGUGACUCAAAUAAAAAAGAUACAGAACUGCUUGGUGGCAUUAGUUUAUCUCUGGAGCUACAAGAUAAUUGAAAUGCUGCGAAAAAGGCCUGUUCUGAUUUACCGCAGUGAACAUUGUCCAAAACUAUUACUUCUAGUCAAAACUACUGCACAGUGAUUCAUAGAAAUUUGACCUAUUUGUUAUGAUGGCCGUAAGUCGUCGCAUUUCGUGCCCACAGACUGUGCUUCACUUAUGGGAUGCAAUUGCUUACAUUCGACAGCAGAAACAGAUACCCAAUCGAGAGAGAUUGCAAGUGUACAUGAGGCGAGUAUACAAUCUGGAACCAGCCGAUUUUUCCAAACAGUUAGAAUUGGCUAUAGAAGAUGGUCUUGUUCUGGUUAAAAGACAUAAAGGCUGUAAAGGUUCCAAGGUUGGAAUCGAACAGGAUGGUCACAAAGUGCCGGACAAAAUUCCGGAGCAAGAUGGACACGAUUGGUACUGCUUUGAAUGUCAUAGUGGUGGGGAAGUGGUGCUAUGCACCAAAUGUCACCGUGUUUAUCACUUGCAGUGUCUCACUACCGCACAACAAACUCUCUCCAAGAAUAUUCCAGAUUCAUACAUUUGUCCAGUGUGUAAGGAGAUUCCUGAAAAAUUUUCUCUUAACUUGAAAAAAACAGAAUUGAAUAUACUUCUUGGGUUUACAUGCAUCCGGCUAAAAGAAAAGACCAAAGAGUUGCAUCGAAUUCCCCACCCGGAUGAGGAGCGCUGGAGGCACGAUUUCCUCAUCUCUAAGCCUAUGGAUUUGGUGGCCAUGGAGGAGAAAAUGAAGAGCAAUGAAUAUACUUCUCUGUCAGAGUUUUAUACAGAUGCCUUGCAGAUUGUGCAUAAUGUUGUUCUCUAUUUUGGAGUAACCAGUCGAAUAACUGAGAUGGCACGUCAAAUGCUUGGAGAUUGCGAGUAUGACCUACUGGAAAUAAUGCAGUGUAGAAAUUGCUACAGGAUGUCCAAUAUGAAAAAUGAUCCUUUCUGGUUCUGCCAGCCCUGUGAAAUUCCUCAUGAGUUAGUUUAUGCAAAAUUAAGGGGAUUCCCUUAUUGGCCAGCCAAAGUUAUCAAGAAAGAAGAUGGAAUGUAUGAUGUACGUUUCUUCGGAGCAUUUCAUCAGAGGGCUUUAAUCGAGGAAGAUUAUGUGCAACCCAUUGAUGCAAGUUUAAAGAAGCUAAAUGUGAAGAUGACACCAUCCUUUCAGCGAGCUUUUAAAGAAUUAAAGCAUCAUCAAAAUCUUGUCCAACAAAAUCAAAAGAAAGAUCUAACUGUUACUGCUGAGAGUAAUGUUCACACUAUCUCUGCAGAAAAUGAUGUGCAAGCUAAUGAUAAGCCUAAAUCAACACGAAAACGUAAGAGCUCUGCUAGUGAGCCUAAAAAACAGGUGCCAGCUGCAAAAAAACUAGCCACUGGUCCAGUAAAAAAGAAUAAAGUUUUUUAUCAAGAAUCUCCUACUUCAUCAUCACCUAAAGGAAAUGUGCUGCAGGAAGCAGUUUCAGAAGACCAUGACCAAGUAACUUCAUCCAGUCAAGAUGUGUCUGUUCAACAUGUUUCAGUUGCCAUACAAACAACUAAUGAGCUUCAGGAGAAUAAUUCAAAGGAUGCAAAAUCGGGCAGCAGUCCAGAGGAAGAAAAAUCUGACAGUACUCCGAAACCCUGUGACUGUGGGCCUCGAUAUGAACGACUCUUGAAAGAGCUGCAAACCCGCUUAGAAGCUGAACAUAAAGAGGAUAAAUCUCGUGCUUUAAAAGAGUUCUCUGAUAAGCUUCACCAGGAGCUGGAAGCAGAGCGACAACGUGAGUUAGCAACGACUCUGGAGAAAGUACGACGUGAACGCAGGGAACUGGAGCAGCAACUGCAAUUGACUCAUGAAAAGGAGAUUUGCAAGCUGACUGAACAGCACUCUACUGAAAUCUCCGAAUGCAAAAAGAAGCAGUGGUGUUAUAAUUGUGAGUGUGAGGCCAUUUAUCAUUGUUGUUGGAACACGUCAUACUGCAGCGUUGAGUGCCAACAGGUUCAUUGGCAUAAGGAGCACAAGCGAACUUGCCGCAGAAAGCGGUGAAGAGAUCAUCCAACGUUAAUCCAAAAGUAUUCUGUUGAUAUACUAUUUGUGACUCAUGUAUGUGCGAAUGGUGCAAUGUCAAGUUUCUUCAGUGAUCGAAUUUGAGCAAGUCUGAACCUCGGUCCCUGUAAAAGAAAGUGUUAAACGAUUUUAAAGAGAAAAGUUAAAUUGUUGUUUUAUCUAUUUAUUUAUCUUUUCUCUUGUGCUAUCAGAAAUUCAUAUUUUUCAGCAACAGUACCCUGGCUUUUCCUUGGUACUAGAAAUAAAUCACAUUGCUUGUUUUUUCGAAUUAAAUUCAGUAGAAUGAAUGGAAGAAAUAGUAACUUUUAGGCAAGUGGUUCCGUAAUUGUAUAAAUAGCAUUUUCUUCCAUGAAAUUCUAUAGUAAAUUACAUAAAAUCAUAAAUACUUUUUUAUUUCUUGAUUUUUUUUUCUUUUUUUUUUUUUUCCAUUUUUAUAAAAGAUUAAUGUGUGUGACAAUUGCUUGCAAUUCAAGUGCUGAGUAACUAUGGGUGAUUUCAAUGUUUUGAUGCAGCUUUCAAAAACAUUUCUCAUUUUUUAUUGAUGCAGUAAAAGCUUGACUGUCUAGAAAGUGCAAGUAACACCACACUCCCUAUGCACAGCUUUUCUAGAUAGUUGUGUGUGUUAAAAUUUGAACUUGCUUUAAAAAAAUAUGAAAUGCAAAAAAAAAAAAAAAAACUAACAGAAAUUAAAAUGGAAAAUUUGCAUUUUUUUUAAUUUCAGAACAGGAGCAUCAAUUAAUUAAAAUUGCUAUCCCUUUGCAAACAUCACAUUCAAAGUCAAAACAUAGCAAGUGCAGAAGUUGUAGAUCUUGUAUUUCAACUAGUUCAUGACAUUUUAUUAUAAUUAUUUUUUAAAUAAUUGUUUCCAUUUUAUGAAUUAUUUAUUAUCUUUGUAAUGUGUAAUAUUUUUCUUGGUUGUUCCCCUCCGCCCCCCCCCCCCUUAAAAAAACAUGUAAAAGGGAUAGAAACCCAGAGCUGUGUAUUUAGUUUGACAGUAUAGUUCACCACUUUUUUUAAAUUUAUUUAAAGAAGUAAAAAAUGAAAUUUAUUGUAAAAAAUUACAAUAAAUGGAUCUUUCUGCUCAUGUGAAUGCCGAACUUUUAAGCUGUACAGUUUUAUUAUUAUUAAUUCAUAAUCAUUUCGAGUUUGGCCUGUAUCGUGUUAAAAGUUGCCUUUCUUUCAUGAAAUAAUACAAAUGAAAUUGGGUGUUUAAGUUUGCAAAAAUCAAUGUUUUUUUUUUUUUUAACUUGUACUAUAAAGUUUUGAAAUAUAAACUGUCUAAAAAUAUUCUAAAUUUCUGUACCAUUUACUAACUCUUUUUCAUUAAAAUGAGCUACAUAUUCUAGAUUUUAACCUGCGACUUAUUUAUGGUUUAAGAUUCUCUGCACUAGUAUUUCACCUGUGAGAAUAGUUUGCAGUCUGGGUUCUCGAAGAAAACAAGUUGAAAAAACUUUUUUCUAAACAUGCCUUUGUUAAAGAUUGAGGGUGCACUACAAAAAUAAUUUUGCUGACAUGUUUUGUGGCCUCAGUUUAAGUAAACUGCUGGGCAAUUUGCUGCAAAAUUUAAUAUCUUUAUAGAAAGUAUCUCUUUUUAUAGAGUUUUUAAGCUAUUGUAAUUUGUAAGUCAAUGUUUUGUAAUGAUAUUGACAAAGCGGCUAUACAGUAUUCAGACCUGUAAUACAAUUCCUGUAUUUGGAAGAGGAGAGGUCUUACUUUUUAUGCUGCUUUGUCUUAUUUUAUUUAUUUCCAUUCUUUUGUAAUUUUUCAAGUCCGUAUAAUGGAAGAAGCAAUAUUUUUGAAUCAAAAAAUAGUAUACAAUUAUUUAAUAUAAAUACUGCUUUUGUCUAAUGAUUGUACCGUAAUUUAUUCAUUUAUUUAUUUUCUUUUGUAAAAAUUAUAUUUUAUCGUUUUUAGCUUAGAUGUCUGCAAUGCUUAAAGUUAUCAGGAUUAAUUUGUUGUUGAUGAUAGUUCAAAUGAAUUGUUUUGUUUUCGAAUAUAAAUUCAAAAACUUUUUCAAAAUAUCAUUCAAAGCAUUGAAAUUUUAUUAAAAGUCAUUUUUGGCAUACUUAAAAAAAAAUCUUAUGUAAUUAAUCUUUUCAGAAUGUUUAUAUAUUUGUUUCUUUGAACUCAACAACCAAAAUAGUUGAAUAUGUUUUGUUUUGCAUUUAAGUAUAAUUUGUUAAUAUGCCUCCUGAAGCAAAUUUGUUUGGAGAUAUUUUGCCAAUGUUGUAUUUAGUUAUCUUUAUUUUCAGUAUAAAAUGCAUAUAGAGUUUAAAAAGCUGUAUAAAAUUUUCAAAAUAAGCUUUUUUUUUUAAGAAGCCUUUUUAAUUUAGUAUUAUCUGCCAUGAUGUCACUGCUAAUAAAAGUUCUCCCUCAAGGAAGUUUUUAAUAAACCUUUUUAGGUUUGUAUUAAAUGUUGAUAGAUUUUAACAGUGAGUGUUGUAAAACAAAUGUAACAAAGGGCAGAAAAUAUAUUACUUUUUUGUUUUAGCCUUUUUAUUAAUCCUUAGGCAUGUUGUAUGUUUGGAAUUCAUGAAUGUGUCAAAAUAUCUUUUAUCACAGCAAAGGCUAUUCGUUAGCCAUUCUUUAUGAGAAAAUAUGUUUCAAACCUUAAAUAAGUCCUGUUCCUGUUUUCUUAUCAUUGUGACAUACAUCUCGAAUUCAAAACCAGGAAUGGAAAAUGUGCCAAAUGGCAGAAAAAAUUCACUGGUGCUUCACACGAUUGCUUCUAUAGUUUGCAUUGAACAAUGCAGUCCAGCUUUUUAAUAAUUUAACUUUUUUUUUCUGUUAACUUUUGCUUGCUUUUAAAUUGGCAGUUUCAAAUUUAGUGAAGUGGAGUAAAUUUUUCCUGUUUUAAGCCUUAUGUUGUGUCAUUUGUUAAAAUGUCUUUUAAUUUUACAAUUCAUGAAACAACAAAAUUAGUAAUUAAAAUUAUUAUGCAUACUAAAUACUAUUUGUCCCCUGCCGGAAACACUAUGUAUUGUUUAAAAAUAUUAUUUCUAACAUGUGAUAUUUUCAGUUCAAGUUUCAGAGAAGAUUUUGUAUUGUAAAAAAAAAGUAUUAAAUGUGUGUUUUAAAAAUUUUCAAAUUCAAAAAGUUGAGUAAUUGUUUUGAAUUUAAGCAAUGCUUUGUGCUAUGUUUGCUUAUUUUAUGCAUUUUCUAUAAGAAAACUUGUAAACCUUUUUAGGAAAUUUCUGUCCCAUCUUAAAAAAAAAAAAAAAAAAAAAAAAAAGAGUUUUUGAGAAGGCUUGAAAUUAAUUGUAUGUAAGCGUUGUGCCUAAAACUCAUAUUAAUUACAAAUCUGAGUUUUUAAAAGCAUCUGUUAGUAAAAAUGCGAAAUUCCUGACUCUAUGGUUCAAAUUUUAAUACAAGCAGUUUGUGUUGUGUACUUUUCAUUGCACAACUUUCUCUUUCAAAAUGUUUGAAAAUAAACAAUGUAUUUGCAUAGAUAAAUAUAUUUACUGUUGGCUCUGUUUGUUUAGGAGUGCUCAUCAGUGACUGUGCAUUAAUAAAUAUUUUUCAUAAUGCAAAAUUGCUUAUCAAUAUUUUUUUACUAGGGUAAUUGGCAAAUCAACAUAUCAAAAAAAAGGAAUUUUGUGCUAUUGUUUUCUGAAUGCUCUUUUUUUACAUUGGGCUAUGAGUGAGUUCCUCUUAAAGCACAAGGGCAGAUUUCUCUCCCCAUUGUUUGUGUUAAAGCCUUUAAUCCUGUUUGUUGUUGUUGUACAGAUUAAAAUAUACAGUUAAUUGUUGUUACUAUUGAUUGAAAGAAAUCUUUUAGCAUUAUAUUCAGAAGUAUAUUUAUGUACUAAGCUUGUUGUAAAAAUAUUAUGUAAUACUGAAUGGGCAUUCAAAUCAAAAUGUGUGGAUUCUUGCAUUGUGUAUCUUUUAUUUGAUCUUUUCUUUUAAUUUUCUAUUUAUUCAUCUGACACACAUUUUUGUAAGUGAAGGAGUGGGAAAUAAAAAGGCCAAUACAGUUUGUGUUAUAAGUAGAGUGUAUUAUUGCAUCAAAUCAAAAAUUAUGUGCUGGAUUUUUCGUAAGUUAUGCUUAGUGUGUGGAGCCUUGGAUUGUUCCUUGAGAAGUAAUGGCUAAUAUAUUUUACUCCAAAAAAGAAAUUGACAAAUUUGGAAGGUUUAAUGUAUUUGGUAUAAAAUUCUUAAUACCAAUAGAAUUUUCUCUGGGAGUUGGUUGCUUUAUUUAUCAUUCAUAUUAAAGUUACAAUAUUCUACUGAUUGAAGGAUAUUUAGGUAAAUAUCAUAAACCAAUUCUUUUAAACAUUUCGUAUUUGUAAUCAACACAUUCCCUGCCAAUCACGCGCCAGCACGUUGAAGCUAAACAGCUUCUCUACUUCGAUCGAUAUUGUACGUGAGGUGUGUCUGCUGGUAUUGCUGUUUCCCAAAAUAUUUGGUUUAUUAAUGUAUAGUAAAUGCAGUGUUAAUGUAAAUUGGUUUCAAUGCACCUUUUUUUAAAAAAAAGUGCUUUUUAAAUUAUAACUGACAUAUAAUCCUGACCUAGUUGGCCUAACAAACAUCCAUCAAACGUUCCUCCCAAAAUUUUUUCUAAUUACAGCACUUAGUAUAACAAUAAGUAUUUCUUAACUUCAGCAUAAUGCAAGUUACUUACUAGAAACUAUGGGAAGGAGUGUUGACCAGCUUCAAAGCCACUAUUUUUUUUUUUUUUUAAAUAGGGUUGUUUGGGGUAAGAGGACCCCUUUUGAAAAUAGUUUGUUUUUGAAACCUAAUACAAAAGUUUUGAAACAAAAAAAUUGAAGCUUAUUGUCUUAUUUUAUCUUGGACAUCCUUAAUAAACAAAAGUUCAUCAUUUUUUUCUAAAAUAAUGUUUUAACUAUUCUUAACGAUUAUAUUUAAAAAAAAAAAUCUGAUUGGUGUCCCACUUUUUCCCCAUAGUGAGAGGUAAGUGAGUCAUCCUCUUUUAUUUAAAUUUAAAUGAAGCAUAUCUAAAAAAGGAAUUCGAGGGUCUUACAUGAUAAAGUAUAAAAUUUUACUGUGAAGU